AUGAACGUAGAUGUAGACAACAUGAACGUAGGUGAAGAUAAUGUUAAUCCCGUUCCGGAUAUUGAUAUUUUUGAUCCUAGAAAUUGGGGUGGGCUUAGUAAUGACAUGAUUAAAGAGUUGGUUAUGAAAGGUCCAAAAAGAGAUAGGGAUGUUGUUAAGGGCCCCGUGGAUAAAUUUGGUAGACAUUUUUCUAAUACCAUGUACACCAGAAUUCUAUCAAAUAGGGAGACGUGCGAUAGAGAAUGGCUAGUGUAUUCGAAAAAACUUGACAAACUCUAUUGUUUUUGUUGUAAAGUUUUUAGAACGGGGCAUCCGAAAGGUGGGUUGGAUGAUGAAGGUUAUAACGAUUGGAUACAUGCCAGUGGUAGACUUAAACAACAUGAAGUUGGUUUAGAACAUUUCAAGAAUAUGAAUGAAUGGUUUGAAUUGCACCAACGGUUGAAAUGCAAUGAAACAAUUGACAAAUCGGCAUAUGAGCAAUUUAGAAAAGAAAAAGAUUAUUGGAAACAAGUCAUCUUAAGGAUUGUUGCACUUGUGAAGUUUCUUGCAAAAUAUGGCUUAGCGUUUCGUGGGUCAAAUGAGAAGUUGUAUCAAAAAGGCAAUGGAAACUUUUUGGGUUUGGUUGAGAUGUUGGAAGAGUUUGACCCGAUUAUGAAAGAACAUGUGCGCCGAGUUUUGAAUGAUGAGUGCCAUGUACACUUUCUUAGCCACAAUAUUCAAAAUGAGUUGAUACAAUUAUUAGGGGAUAAAGUUAGAACCGAAAUCAUCAAGAAGGUUAAGCAAGCAAAGUAUUACUCCAUCAUCCUCGAUUGCACGCCUGAUACAAGUCACCAAGAGCAAAUGUCCAUAAUUGUGAGGUGGCAAAUUUUGAAAGACAAUGUUAAAGGAUUAACUCUUAAAUCAUUGUCUACGACUCGUUGGGAAAGUCGUAUAGAUAGUAUUAAGCCUAUAAGAACUCAACUUGGAGAUGUAAGAAAGGCUUUGCGAGAAGUUAGGGGGACGGAUAGAGAUGCUAGAAUCAUAAGUGAAGCUAAAUCAUUAGAAGAGUAUGAACUUGGUGAUUUUGAAUUUUUGGCACAAAUUGUAAUUUGGUUUGAAUUAUUAUCAAAGGUGAAUAUGGUGAACAAACGGUUGCAAGCAAAAGAUGUUGUCCAUGAUGUUGCUAUUGAUGAAGUAGACAAAUUAAUUAAAUUCUUUAAGAAUUAUAGAGAAGUGGGGUUCUCUAAGGCACUUGAUGAAGCUAGAGAAAUUGCAAAUGAAAUAGGUGUAAAUGCGGAAUUUCGUCAAGAACGUGUGAUAUAUAGGAAAAAACAAUUUGAUGAAUCGUCAAGUGUAGAAGAAGUAACAUUUUCACCCGAGGAGGAUUUUAGAGUAAAUUAUUUUUUAAGUAUUGUUGAUCAAGCUAUUUUUUCACUUGAAACAAGAUUUGAACAAUACCAAAAAUUCGAAAAAAUAUUUGGGUUUUUGUUUCCUAAAAAGUUGAAGACUCUUGAUGAAGCCAAGCUUAAGGAGUGUUGUUAUCGCCUUAAAGAUGCAUUGAAGUAUGAAGGAGAAUCGGAUAUUGAUGCUAAAGAAUUGUAUACGGAGUUGAAUGUUGUUGACAUUCCGGUAACCGUUGCAUCAGCGGAAAGAAGUUUCUCAAAGUUGAAGUUGUUGAAGACCUAUUUACGUUCUACAAUGUCACAAGAAAGGCUAAACGGGUUGGCAACAAUAUCUAUUGAAAGUGAAAUAUUAGAUACUAUGGAUUACAAGGAGUUGAUCGAGAGCUUUGCUUCAAAAAACGCUAGGAGAACCACACUGUUUGCUUAG